AACUUUUUCAAAUCUUGGAAAAUGCCUCCAAAAAAGAAACCAGGGAAGAAAAAAGGAAAGAAGUCAUCAACUUCCUCAAAAUCAAAGACACCCACCGUAGUUGAUGGAGUUUCAACUGCAGAAAUGACUAAGGAAGAACUCGAAGAGCAUAUAAUCAGACUAAGAGAAGAACUAGAAAGGGAGAGGGAGGAAAGAAACUUCUUUCAAUUGGAAAGAGAUAAAGUGAAUACAUUUUGGGAAAUAUCCAAGCAACAACUGGAGGACAGGUCUGCUGAACUACGAAAUAAGGAACGUGAAAUGGAAGAAUCCGAAGAACGACACCAGCUAGAACUAAAAGUUUACAAACAAAAAGUUAAGCACCUCCUUUACGAACAUCAGAACAACAUUUCUGAAUUGAAAGCAGAUUCUGCAACUGCGAUUCGAAUUAAUCAAGAAAAGAAUUCACAUAUUCAAGGAGUACUUCGGAAAGAUCAACAGAAUUUAAAGGUGCAGCUGCGAGAAACACAAUUUUCCAGCGAAGACAGUGUGAGAACUCUGAAAAAAGAGCAUGAACAUGAAAUGCAUGAAAUUAGAAAAGAGUUUGAGCGAAAAAUGGAGGAGCAAAAGAGGAUUUAUACGAAAAAUACUAAGGAACUCAGGGAGAAGCUUGACCUGCAAAGAAAAAAUGAGCUUCAUGAAACUGAAGAAAGGAAAAAUAACCACAUAAACGCUCUUAUGCGUAGUCAUGAGAAGUCCUAUGCUGAAAUGAAGAACUAUUAUAAUGAUAUAACUUUGAACAACUUAGCCCUUAUAAAUACUCUUAAGGAACAGCUGGAAGAAAGAAAGAAGAAUGAAGAACGCCUAGAACGUCGUGCGAAUGAGAUAGCAGCAGAAAAUCGUCGGCUGGUUGAACCUUUGAAUAAAGCUCGAGAAGAAAAUGUUGAAAUGAAAAGGCAAAUGACCAAUUAUGAGAAAGAUAAAGUUGUACUGAAGCAAACUAAAGUUUUGUUGAAAACUUGUGAAAAAGAAAAGAAACAUAUACAAUGGAAAUAUGAUAUUUUAGAGCAGAGAUUUAAGCAAGUAAGUGAUGUUUUACUAUAA